AUUUUUUUGGUUCAAUUAAUUAAAUUAUAAUAGUUAACAAUCGGUUAAACGACUUAGCACGGCAAUAAAUACGGCCAACUUGCGAUUAAAACUGACACCGGCCAUAGUUAUUUGGAUUUCACAAAAAAAAACUGAUCUAAACAAUACCGCUAGCAAAGGCAAAGGAAAAAACGCAAGAAGAAAAACAGAACUGCAGCACAGCACAGCACACAAAGAGAUAGCGCAGGCAGAGAGACGACAACGACGACGUCGACGUCGAUAGCAGCGAAACAACAACACAAAAAACUCGUUUCUCGUGUGUGUCUUUUUAUUUGAUUUAGUUUGCAACCAAAGCGGACGCUGCGGCAUUUCGUGGCAGGCAGCGGCAGUUUAUAAAAGGGGCGUGUCACAGCAGCGUGCAGCAGCACUAGCAACAACAACAGUAGCACUAGCAUUAUGAUGGUUGAGUCCGACGGUACCGCCGACGCCACCCGCCGUCUCAAUGUGAAGAAACAAACGCUCGACGAUGCGUACGCAGUGCCCGCUAAUUUCCUUGAGAUCGACGUGGUUAAUCCGCUGACCACAAUGGCAGCAGGCAAAAAGCGCUAUACGGACUACGAAGUGCGCAUGAGGACCAAUUUGCCGGUGUUCAAGGUGAAGGAGUCGAGUGUGCGACGACGUUACAGCGACUUUGAAUGGCUACGAAACGAACUGGAACGCGAUAGCAAGAUUGUGGUGCCGCCUUUGCCAGGCAAGGCAUGGAAGCGACAAAUGCCCUUCCGGGGCGAUGAGGGAUUGUUCGACGAGAACUUCAUUGAGGAGCGGCGAAAGGGACUGGAGGCGUUUAUCAAUAAGAUAGCCGGACAUCCGCUGGCGCAAAACGAGCGUUGUUUGCACAUGUUCCUGCAGGAGAACGUCAUCGAUAAGAACUAUGUGCCCGGCAAGAUUCGCAACACAUAAGACGCCGACGACGAAGCAACCGCAAUAGCAAAUGCAACCAUAGCAAUGCAAUGAAGCAAAAAGCAAAACUCGAACGAACAAAACUCAAAAAGAAAAACAGCAACAGAAAUAGAAACAGAGGUUACGAAAUUCAUUAGGCAAAAUCAAUGCGUGUGUAUGUGUGUGCUUAGCAAGUUACAAAAAUAAUUACAAAAAAGAAAAAAAACAAGUAAUAGAUGUUAAAUUUAAAAUGGCAACUGCUUUCUUUCGGCCAGGAAGUGGCUCAGUUAAUGUUGAGCGGCUCUGAAGAAGUAUUGGGAAUUUUUAUUGCUAAAUUCAAUUGUUUAUAUGCAAAAUGGUAUACAUACAAUACAAUAUACAUACAUAUACAUAUAUAUAUUAUUAUAUACAAUAUACAUAUUUACCUAAUAGUGUACAUAAUACAUAAACAAAUCUCA